AUGAUGCAAUUCCAUCGUUCUUUAAGAUCACAAUCAGCAUCAACAACUUUAUCUGAGAAAACCACAGAGGAGCCUUUGCCUGGCAAAGUUGCACAAAGCACCGUGACAUGUUUCUACCAAGCCAAUGUCAAGGGGUUUUGGCGGAAUGUAUCUGUCUUGUGGUGCAGAAAUCUCAUGAACCAUUCCUUGCACAUCACGAUUGAUAGUGUAGAAGGUGUCUUGCAAUAUAGUGUGAAGAUUGACGUGAAGCCUUGGCACUUUUGGAGCAAAAAAGGGUACAAAACCUUUGAGGUUGAUGGCAACCAGGUUGAGCUCUAUUGGGAUCUCCGGUCUGCUAAAUUUGCCGGCUCCCCCGAGCCGAGCAGCGAUUACUACGUAGCCUUAGUGUCUGAAGAAGAGAUUGUGUUGUUGUUGGGAGACUGCAAGAAGAAGGCCUACAAGAGAACAAAAUCUAAACCUGCCGCUGUUGAUGCCAUUUUGUUGGUCAAGAAAGAAAACGUGUUUGCCAAGAAAAGUUUCUCCACAAAGGCCCGGUUUGAUGAGAAGACAAAAGAUAAUGAGAUUGUUGUGGACAUCUCAACAGGGGGUUCUAAUGACCCUGAGAUGUGGAUUAGCGUAGAUGGGACGGUGUUGAUCAAUGUCAAGAACUUGCAGUGGAAGUUCAGGGGGAACCAAACCGUGAUGGUUGACAAGCAACCUGUGCAAGUGUUUUGGGAUGUGCACGAUUGGUUGUUUAGUGGGUCUCGCUCAGGGCCUGGCCUUUUCAUCUUCAAGCCAGGGCCUCCAGAAGCCGAGAGCGAGAAAGAAGGCAGUGUUAUGGACGGUUGUGAGAGUGAUGAUGGCAGUGUUGGAUAUUAUUCAACCAUGAAUAUUGCUACCAUUGAGUUCUGCCUCGUUCUCUAUGCCUACAAAAUUGAGUAA